AUGGACGAACCUUCGCUUUCGCAGCCGCAAUCCUCCGCAUGGCGCGUCUUCCUCAUCCCCGAACUCCUCGAAUCGAUCCUGCAACACCUCAGCACCAAAGACCUGCUCCUCUGCCAACGAACAAGCCGCGCCUUUCAUUACACAGUCCAGGGUAGCGUGCACCUACGUCGCAAACUCUUCCUGGAGCCAGAUUGGAAUCUCGAAGGUAGACUCUUCGACGCCUACUCCGCGGACAACAGGCCAGGUCGCAAGCCCGAGAACAACCGGCUCCUCCUCCGCGCAUUCGGUUGCUACCCCACAAUCACGCUGGUCAUCGUGAGCGAUGGCGCACAAGGAGGGCAAAUGUCUUUCAGGCGCGGCAGUGAGCAUUGGAGCUGGGAUGUCUGCAUUUCCUUCCCCGCGGAUCGGCAACCGAAUACUUCGCCCGCGGUCCAGUACCCCGAAGCAAGCUGGAGGAAGAUGUACCUGAGCCAGCCGCCCUGUCAAAGUCUUUAUCUCGUACGAAGAUGGACCCGUAGUUUGCGACCAGCAAUGGUGAGAGAAGAUGGGAUCACAAUGGGCGAUUUCUUCGACGAAGCGACCAAGGACUCCCCGGGCUGCGAAGAUCGGAAGUGGCAUCAGAGCUACAUCAGCAGUGACCGGGACUGGCAUUUCGAGGGGAACAUCAAGUGUACUUCGGUCGAGGAGUAA